CUGGAGGCCUGCCAAGUCCGCAGUGUGAUCGAACAGCGAAACAGCGAACAAAUGGAGCAGCGAAACUCUAAGAAGCGAAAACGCCCAGAGCAAAACCUAGGAGAGCCUAGGAGGAGAAGAAGGGGGUUGGAUAGCUUUUUCUCCUAUCUUGAAUCUCUGAUGGAAAAUCUACCUGAAGAUGCACGGAGAGAUUUGCAGGAGAGGUUACUUCAAAUAGUCCUCGAUGCAGUGAGACGACAUCAAGCUCUUUCUCCCCCUCCUGCCUUUAAAGACAUUGUCAAAGGAACGGCCACUGCCCAAUAUCUUAAAUGUCUACACCAUCCUCGCAGUGAUGCUGCAGUUUGCUGUCCAUUUCUCUAGUUUAAAACAGCUGACUUCUAGGUUUACACUCCUUGUAGUCCUAUAAAUUUCAUGUUCUUCGAGAAAAAUUCUUUAAAGAAUCCA